CACACAGUUCGUUCGGUGCUGCUGUCAUUUGUGUGCUUCGAUUGUUUGCGUUACUAUUUUCCUAAUGUUUUAUUUUGGACUCUCGUAAGCGUUUUACUCGCGAUAAGUUUACACAAUUUGCAAUAGUUUAAUUAAUUUAAAUUUUCCUAUCUGCGCUUCGCAUUCGCCAGUAGUUCCGUGUCGUCGCGAUAUUAUUUUUCAAGUUUUAUUUUCAAAAUAAACCAAACAGUGUAAAUAUUUUAUUGUUUCUGAAUAAUACAUCGGAAAAGGGGGCAGUGUGGUGUGAUUAAUUCGCAAAUGCCAAUCGUUGUUAAAGUAUCGAUGACAAAAUUCGAUCGGAACAGUGUGAAACCGCGGUGGGAGUAUGUUGUUUCUGGGUGCCUUAGCGAUCGGUAUGGUGACUGGCCUGCAGAAUGUCACGACAGAGCUGGCAGUCAGUGAGGUUACGGAGGUGGGUGCGGAGGGAGUCACGAGCGAGAUGGGUUUAUUGGAGACGACGCGGUUGUCGGAUUCGGCAGGCGGUGAUUUCGUGAACGUGACAGUGCAGGAGCGGCCGUCGAUGUGGGACAUGUACUUGAACCACUGCCCGAAGUGGCGCCCGAUCAACCAUGUGUUUUUCCAAGUGGCGAAUAUAUUUUUUCUGCUGGCGUUUUUGGCGCCACACACCCCGAGUGGGUUGAUAUGGAUGCGGGUGGGAUUGGUUCUUGGCUGCGCGUUCCUCGGCGUUUGGGGCUGGAGUGUGGAGUGUUACCUGGAUGCCGUGCUGUGGAACGGCGCGUUCAUUGUGAUAAACUUUGUGUACUUCUCAGUGCAGUUCUAUUUGUUGAGGCCGAUCAAGUUCCACAAGGACAUUGAGGAGGUCUACGUAGCGCUCUUCAAACCUCUUCGGGUGUCGAGGCGGCAGUUCCGAAGGGUGCUGAUGUGCAUGAGGAACGUCAGGCACCUCAAGUGCCACGAGCUCUACGCACAUGAGAAAGUCACCAAGGUGGACAGCCUGUCUUUGGUGCUCUCCGGGAAGUUGGUGGUGUCCCAAAACCAGAGGGCGCUGCACAUAGUGUUCCCGCACCACUUCCUCGACUCGCCGGAGUGGUUCGGGGUCUCCACAGACGAGUAUUUCCAAGUGUCAAUAAUGGCGAUGGAAGAGUCCCGGGUGCUGGUGUGGCACCGCGACAAGCUGAAGCUGUCCAUCAUGUCGGACGCCUUCCUGCAGGCCGUCUUCGACCACAUACUGGGCAGGGACGUGGUGCAUAAGCUCAUGCAGGUGAGCGAGACAAUGGCGGUCAGCAACGGGCACUUACCCAACAGUUACGAGGAGGGUGAGGACAAACCCAUGCUAGUCGUGAAAAAGGCUGGCGACGGGCCCGGGAUCACCGCUCUGCUGAAUAGACAGCUGCAAGCGACAGACCCAAACGCGUGGCGCCUGGGCCGAAUUGAGGAGGCCGACCACGAGACGCCGGUCUGAGGUCGCGCGUUGCACGUCGCCGUCUCGCGUCCGCGUCGCUAGCGUGCUACGUGCCGCUAGCGUUUGGUGACGUGCCGCUAACGUUUGGUGACGUGCCGCUAACGCGUGCUGACGGAACGCUAGCGUAUGGCGAUGGUGACGUGCCGCUAGCGUACGGCAACGUGCCUCUAGUAUUCGGUGACGUAUUAGUGUUCUACGGAGCAUGCGCAUUAACGGAGUGCUCAAAAUAGUGACGUGACAGUGCUCAGUCAAAUUAUUGACAUUGGUUUGUCAGUGACUGUGGUGACAUUUGUGGGUUAGCUGAAGAUUCGCGCUACAAGUUAAGUCAGUGCGCCUUUGACUGACGAUUGAGGCAGCCUAUUGAACGCUAAAUAAUAUUUAUGUAUAAGUCGCCAUGGACAGUAUGGAUUUAGUCUUGGGAAUUGAUUUUUCAAAGAAAGUUUGUUGACAGAUUUUGUUACUAAAGUUGAUUGAAUUUGUGUAAUUGCUGGUCAAUUUGUAGGUUAUUUUUUGUUAUGGAAAUUUAAUUGUGAUGCCAGGUUAAAUAAAUUUAUUAAGUCUGUGAUUAUUUCGUUUCCAAUGAAGAGAAGUUGAAAAUAUUUUUGGUUUUCUAAACUGGCAACUAUCUAUUGCUGAUGUAUUGUUGAUUUUCAAGUCUUUAAGAUUACUCAACUAUUAAAAAUUGUAAGUAUUUAUAACAUUUAGUACAGUCAUCUGAAGUAAACAAUGGAUAAAAUUAUCAUUGAAUUAUAAAAAAAUGGCCUGACUGAAGAAAUAUAUUUCCUGAAGAUAGUUACUAAUAAAAAAUCAAGUUUGUUUUUCUUAUUCUGCUACUUCUUCAGGCCAAUCCAUUUUUUUAAAAGGAACCAUUAUAUGAUUGAAUGUAUAAAGUCUGAUGUAUAAAAUACCUACUGAUGUUAGCUAUAUUCAGAGUUUGAAUCAUAUUGAUCUGUAAAGAAGAGUGUUGCGUCGAAAAGACUAGAAACAUAUUUUGUGUAUACUAUUUAUGUAGAUAGAUAUUAUAUUAAAUAAAAAUUCAAACGAUAGAUCGGGUAUAGCAAAUAAAAAGAUAAUGUACAGUGUCUAAGAUGGAAGGAUAUUAUUGUAAUUGGAUGUUGUGUGUAAAUAAUUGUAGGAGAUUGAUUCUAUAUGACUGGGCUCGGUUCUGAGUUGGAUACUAUCUCUAAAAUAACAUAUCUUUGUAUUAUUUCUGAGGUGAAUGAAAAAUAAUAAUAAGAUGAACACAUUUAUUUUAUAGUUUCUAUUGUGGGUUUGUGGCAGAAAAAGUCGCGCAGUGAUUUUAGUUAACAUUUUUAUCCAUUCGCUUAGGAAGGAAGAAUAAUAAUUACCUACUAACGAAUAAGAAUCUUAGAGAUAGAACAACUCGGAAUUAAGCCCAAUGCGUACUUAAGAACCCGUUAAGUAAUACUCACCGAAUUAACAAAAAGUUGAGAAAAUUUUAUGAUACAGCGGAUUCACAGACAUUUAAAAAGAUACUGAAAAUUAUUGAAAUAAUAAUGAAAUAAGAAAUAUUUGCUUAAGUUUUGCACUUGUCAUUGCAGUGAGUCUUAAGUUUCCUUUCAGUGUAAAAUAAGAAAACAAUUCUAAAAAUUCGAUUUGUAUAUAUCUGAAUAAUAUUUAAACUGGAAUCUAGACUAACCGAUUUCAUAGCCGACUGUACCUGUUUGUGCCUAGCAUGGAAUCUGGAAAAAAGCAUAAAAAUAUUAAAAUUAGAUACAAUAGCCAAUAACUUUGUGCAUAAUGUAAAAUUUCAUUACAUAUUAGAGGUACGAUUGGUGGUAAUAAAUAAUUCAGCAUGCAAUAACAUUAUUUAGUUUUGGGUCUGUUCUUUUUAUCAUGAAAUGUAGAUUAACACUAGUAUGACUAGUUAUAACUUUUAUAAAGAACCCAAAAUUUUUAUUUUGUUAUUGCUUGAUGUUUAAAAUAGAAGAACCUAAUUAAGUUUGCAUCACUAAAGUUCAAAACAAUAUUGUUGUUACCAAAUACCUACAUCAUGGAAAAAUUCUUACCUAUUUUUGAAUAAACAAAAAGAAAUAAUUUCUGAAUUAAUUAAAUAUUUUUUCUUCUAUAUUCAAAAUAACAUUAAAAGUGAUAAAAUAAUACAUGUAAUCUAAGUAAUACAAAUAAUAACAAUUUUGUACAAAAAUAUAGACCAUAAAUUCACAAAUCAAAAUGCAAACAUGAUGAUGACGAUUUUGGUAAAUGAUCUCUAUUAUUGAAAAGUAACAAAUAGGUAAUAAUGAAAAUACAAAAUAAAAUAAUACGGGCCCCUAAUAAGAAUAAUAUUGAUAAUAUGGGGUUACAAAACAACGUACCUAUGCAUGAAUUUGUAAAUACAUAAAGGUGUUGUUUUCUAAGCGUGUUGGCUGAAAGUCGAAUAAAUUAUCUUGACGAAGUUAAUUUUCCUUCGGGCUGGCAUUAAUCAGUACAGAAUCGAAUAAAACUAAUGUUGACGAAUGAUUAAGAAAUGUGAAUUGAUUAUCACGCUAAAACGAAAGUGCCGACCCGUUAGCGUCUCUACUUUGAUUAUGACGUAAACAAAAAAAUGUUUGGUACUAAAUACUGUAAUAAUAUAUUAUUGUAACAUUCCAAAAAAUAUUUAUUUUGCAGCUAUUCCAGAGCUAGAUGUCAGAAAUGCACUGCCAAAUGCAAACUAUAAAUAAUUUAACGUUGAUUAUGAUUGUAAACGCUUAUAAAUGUAUGUGUAUGGAAUUCGUCGUGGAGCGUGAUAUCAUUUGUAAAUAGGAUCUCAAAAUAUUUUUUAUUAUGAUAAUAGUUCACAGCAAUUGCAUUUGUCUUAAGGUAGUAUAUUUUUGAAUGUGUAAACUGUAGUUGGUAAGAUACGCACAAAUGUUGUAAUUUAUUGAGCGAGAAGGUAUAGGUAUUCACACUCUGUUGUGGCCUAAGUACUACCUAUUUGUAUGCGCACGCGUUGACCUGUGUUACUUAUACCUCAUCCCGUGACUUUGCCCCUUCCAGCUUCGAGCUACCAUUAAUCCGAAAUUACCUAUAGUCAGGGAAGCGCUGGACGCAGGCCGCUACCAAUCGAUCAACAUGGAAAGCAUUGGGGGAGGCCUAUGUUCAGCAGUGGACGUCCUAUGGCUGAAAUGAUGAUGAUGAUGAUGACCUAUAGUCAAUCGGUUUAUAAGGGGAUCGCAAGAGUGGCAGUCCGAUGUUCUUGUCGCCUUUUGAAUGGUCACGGGCCGUAUUCAGUGAACCUCAGCAUAUCUUUUCGAAAAUAUUCAUAAACAGAUGCACUUGCGGAAUUGCCUUUAGUCUAGUAAGAGAAAAUGCAUUUCCGUCCAUGCCACACAUUGCGAAUAUACCUAAUCAUUGAUUAUUUUGAAAGGAACAAAAUAUGGAAAGUAAGGUCAGGAGAGGAAUCACAAUCAUUGACUUUUUGUUGU